AUGGACAAAUUUAGAAAGGAUCCAAGAGACGGCCUCGAUUAUGAUAUUCAUGCUUAUGAUUUAAAAUCAAAUUUGUGGCACCACGUAGAGAGGUGUCGUCAUUUGCCAAACUUUGAGGGAAGAAAUGCCCUAUGUAAUGGGUCUCUGUUCUGGAUGUCAGGAAAAUUCUUAGAUUUUGUGGAGAGUUUUAUCGUGGCACUUGAUCUUGUUACAGAGAAAUUCCGAAUUGUUUCAAAUCCCGAGUACACUGAUUCUCGAAUCCAAACAGAUUUGGACAGUUUUGAGGGAUUCUUAUCCCUGUCUUGCCACUACGAAGAAUCAGGUAUCGUUGAUAUUUGGCUGUUAGAGGACUACGGUGGGAAUAAUGAACAUUGGUCGAAAAUGAUUUCAUUGUCAUUAGAACAUACCGAGUACUUACAACUUCGAACUUUAAAACAUGUUGCUUAUUCAAAAACUGGUAAGAAAGUACUGAUGUGGAUGGAUUAUGUUUCAAAAGCUUCAUUGGUUUGGUACAAUAUAGAAUAUGAGUCAGUAGAGCCUAUUGCGGUUCAUGAUUUGGUUCAUGGUACUCUACCUUACUUUCAAGUACAAUGCUGUUGGGAAAGUCUAGUAAAUGUUACAGCAGCAAUAACAGAAGAUGUCGAGAUUUAUGUAGUAUUUCUUUUGAAAGACAAAGACGAAGGGAGUAAGGAGGAGGAGAAGGAGAAGGAGAAAGAUGAGGAUUUUGAUGAGAAAGUGUGUUUGGGAUAUCCAGGGUGGGGACAUGCAUAG